GAAUUCAGUUUCGUAUUAUACGCGCGUGUGUUCUGUACAAAUUGGUGUUUUUCGUUUUUUCUCUCCCUUCAUAUAAUUUUUAAAUUAAAAGGUGUCCGUUUUUCUUUCCAUUUUAAUUAACUUACGGUGUCUGUGAUCUUCAACUGUAAAUUCAUGUAAUUUUAGGAGCACGUAACUAAACUAAUCUAGUCGUAGAUAAGAGGAAUUACCACAAUUUGGAUUUCUAUAUAUACAAAUUUACCGCAAGCAUGGCUCUAGUAUUAAAAUACGUCGAUGAUUUCCACACGCUUAUGAAUAAAACUGGGGAUCCGCGUACCGCUGAUUGGUUUUUAAUGUCCAGUCCGUUUUAUACGUUAGGAAUAUGUCUCACAUACGUUUAUAUUGUCAAGGUUUUGGGACCAAGAGUCAUGGAGAAUAGGAAACCAUUUCAACUUAAAAACGUGUUAAUAGCUUAUAAUUUAUUUCAAGUAAUAUUUAGUGCGUGGAUCUUUUAUGAGAUUGGGAUGUCAGGGUGGCUAACAGGUCGCUACAGCUUAAGAUGUCAACCCGUGGAUUAUUCCAAUCAUCCCAAUUCCAUAAGAAUGACCCACGCGAGUUGGUGGUACUAUUUUUCCAAGUUUACGGAGUUCAUGGAUACUAUUUUCUUCAUUUUAAGAAAAAAGUUUGGCCAUGUAACGACGCUACACGUUAUUCACCACGGAAUUAUGCCAAUGUCAGUUUGGUUCGGUGUAAAAUUUACCCCAGGUGGGCAUAGUACUUUCUUUGGUUUCCUUAACUCGUUUGUUCACAUUGUAAUGUAUUUUUAUUAUUUGCUUGCCGCAAUUGGACCCCAAAUGCAGAAAUAUUUAUGGUGGAAAAAAUAUCUAACAACUUUACAGAUGGUACAAUUCGUCUUAAUUAUGGUGCACGCCUUCCAAUUAUUAUUUAUAGACUGCAAUUACCCACGUGGCUUUGUGUGGUUCAUAGGAAUGCAUGCAGUUAUGUUCUUCUUCCUGUUCAAAGAUUUUUAUAAUCAAGCCUACAAUCGAAGGGAGAAGAGAAAGUUGGCAGUUCAAACCAACGGCCACAUUAAACAUUCAGAAGAUCAAAAUGGAUAUUUGAAGCAGAAUGGGCAUACAAUCAAACAAAAUGGGCAUACGAUCAAACAAAAUGGCGUACGAGAUGCAGCAGAUUAUUACACAAAUGCUCAGUUCUCCGAGUUAAAUAACAGAACGAAAGUUGAGUGAUGUCAGUGCAAUUAACUCUUAAACAAUUAAAGAAGAAAAUACUUAAAAAACUAAUCUGUACAGGAUCAUAAUGUUGUUGUUAUACCUAAUGAUUGUUAUGAAGUUGCUCAAUUUUAGGAAAUUCUACAUGUAUAUAAGUCAAAUUGAGAGUGAUUUAAAUUAGCAAUGUGGCUUUUUAUAGGUGCUACAAUUAAAUACACCUAUUUUUUAUAUUAUUAAGUUUCUAAUGCGAAUGUAGGAGGGGGGCAUUGUACAAAUGGGAAAUUUAAUUAUAAUUUAUCGGAUUGUUAUGC